AUGAGCUACGAGAGAAACAAAGAGGGCGAGCUAUUUGAUAGCGACGUUGAAGCCGAAUUGUCUGAUCUUGAUGGCGAUGGAGGUUCCGAUGGAGAGAAUUACGACAAUCAGCCUUCGACUGAACCUGCAGCAGCACCUGUGAAUGAUACGGCAGAGGAACAAGAAGAGAGCCCUAUCGCACCGAGACCCAAGUUGCCAUCCUUUAAGAAACAGAAUCGAUCCGAGCAAGAUGACGCAGAUAUCGAACGUAUCCGUGAAGAGAUCCGUGCCAAGAAACAGCAACGUGAAAGUGGGAGAGGCGAUGAUGAUGAUGAUGACGAUGAACAAGGACAAGAGCCUGAAGAAGAUGAAGAACCCAAGAAUCCACCUCACGUACAAGCAGCAUUGGAUGAAUUCGAUCGACAAAUAGCCAUGUUGACUGCAAGUGGACGACGAAAGAAGAAAAAGGUGGAUGAAGUGGAUUUGGAAAGGAGCAUGGAUGAAGAAGUGAGCCAGCUACGUGAUCGCAUGAAAAUGGCAGUGGAUGAGGAUAUCAUGGCCAACAAUGAUCGAAAGCCCGCUUUGGCAAAAAUCAAGAUGCUCAAUGAAGUAGUCAGUUUGAUGACACACAAACGUGCUCAAGACGCAAUAUUGGAUAAUCAGCUUUUGGACAUGGUACGGUUGUGGCUCGAACCAUUACCAGAUCGAUCACUUCCCAGUCUCGACAUACAAAACGAAUUGCUAGACGCCCUGGAUAAGUUACCUAUUGUUGGGGAUCAUCUUCGAGAGAGUGGUGUCGGCAAGAUCGUCUACUUUUAUCAAAAGUCGCCUCGUGUGGAUGCAAGGGUAAAGAGACGAGCAGAACAAUUGGUCGCCAAAUGGAGUCGAUUGGUCAUCAAGCGCACUGCCAAUUACAGAGAGCGUCUUCACGAACGUCAAAAGUAUUCAAGAGAGGAAAUGUUAUCACGUCGUAAGAAAUUCAAGCCUGAGACUACAGAAGAAAGCAACUCGGGUUCAGGUGCUCCAAGGAUGCAUGUCAACAUUCCACGAGCGGUUGCACCAGAUUACGAUGUCAUUCCAGAAAGCACUGUCACUGCUGCACCACGAUCAAAACACAGCAAGGAUGCAAGCUCGAGGAAGCGAUUAACGAAUACCAUGCGAUCAUUGAAAGGGACAGGACAAAGACGAUAA